GGGUUUCCUUUUCCUUUUCCCAUCCUCCAGUUACUUAUUUAGCUUUUGUUUCCAGUUCUGUUCCAUUUUGCCGUUCAGUUUUGCCAUUGCAAGAACUGUCACUAGAGCCAAGUUAUGAAUAGACCUCCACACGUUCCUGAGAGGCCAACUUCAGGUAAAAGAAGAUUAAGAAAUCUAUUGCUCCAAAGAGAUAAUCGUUCUUGUGCUGAUUGUGGCGCCCCUGACCCCAAAUGGGCAUCAGCCAAUAUUGGGGUGUUUAUAUGUUUAAAGUGCAGCGGGGUGCACAGAAGCCUGGGUACACAUAUUUCAAGGGUUUUGUCCGUGACAUUAGAUGAAUGGACUGACGAUGAAAUUGAUGCAAUGGGCGAGGUUGGAGGAAAUGCCGCUGCAAAUUCAAUUUAUGAGGCCUUUAUUCCAGAAGGUCACUCAAAGCCUGGUCCAAAUUCUAGUCAUGAUGAGCGUGCAUUUUUCAUCAGGUCUAAGUAUGAAACACAAGCUUUCUUGAAACCCAGCCUGCGGAUCACAUCAUUUCCUGUCAAACCAGCCUCUCUCCAAACUAGCUUGUCCAACAAGAUAAUGAAUAGUUUCCGGAUUUCUUCAACUUCAUCAAAUGAAUCGGCUGGAAUGGUUGAAUUUAUUGGAUGCCUGAAAGUAAAAGUUGUAAAGGGAACUAAUUUAGCAGUCAGAGAUAUGCUAUCAAGUGAUCCUUAUGUAGUCCUAAUUCUGGGAAAGCAGAAACUCCAAACAAAUGUAGUGAAGAGCAAUCUAAAUCCAGUUUGGAAUGAGGAGUUAAUGCUCUCGGUUCCUCAGGACUAUGGCCCCUUGAAAGUGCAAGUGUACGAUUACGACACAUUUUCAGCUGAUGACAUAAUGGGAGAAGCAGAGAUCGACAUUCAGCCUAUGAUAACUUCUGCAAAUGCAUUUGGAGAUGUUGGAGCAUAUCCAAACAUGCAGAUAGGAAAAUGGUACAAAUCUGCAGAUAACGCCCUCAUAGAAGAUAGCACUGUGAACAUAGUUGAUGGGAAAGUGAAACAGGAUCUGAGACUGAAACUUCAGAAUGUCGAAUCUGGAGAGAUGGAUCUUGAACUCGAGUGGGUUGCUCUCGAUCAAUAAUACCUUUUUAUAUCAUAAUCAAACCGGCAUGUUGCUUUCGGUGUGUUACUUGUUUAACUGGAUCGUCUUAUUUUGGUAUUUGUUUAUUAAUUGGGAAUUUAUUUUAUUUUUUUGGAGGGAGCAGGACAGAGCAAAUUGCAAUUCCAACUGUUGUGACUUGUAAUGUUAUUAUUAUUUGUAAUAUAUACUAUGUUAAAAGUGUUUUUUUUU